CUAGUUUGACAGAAAGCAGGAAGUUACAGAAAAAGCUUUUAUUAAGACUGCUGUUAGCCAGUGUUUAAACAGCUAGACUUCAUCUCUAAAUAUUUAAUUUGAGGGAGUGUUCCAUUGCUGACGCCUUGGAAUCAACUCAUCAGAGCUCCUAUUAACGAUCAAAUGGAAUUGUCCACUUUCCAAACUUCUCCACUAGAUAACACUUCCUCCUCCUCUGCUCUUUCUCUCUGCCCCACUGCUGCCACCGUCUUCUUCCUUCCAUCUGUCUACACACUCCUCUUUCUCACUGCUCUGCCAGGCAAUGCAUUGUCUUUGUGGGUGUUCUACAGAUGCAUCUCCACCAUCUCCCCCACCCACAUUUAUCUGUCCCACCUGUGUAUCUCCAAUCUGCUGUUGUCCUUCAUCGCACCCUUCCUCGCAGCCUACUAUGCCUGGGGCUCAGUCUGGACCCGAAGAGGCAUCCUGUGUCAGCUCGUCCUGCAUGGUAUCACACCAGUGCUCCACAUUAACAUCUACAUUAGCCUCAUGAUUGUCACUUGGGUGGCACUUAGCCGCUUUGCAGCCCUCAUCCGGCACACCCAUGCCUCCAGGCCUAGCAUCUGCGCAAUACUACUCCCACAUGGCUUCUACACAUGUCUCAAGAAGACCUCUUUCGCCAGCAGGGUGUGUGCUGCAGUGUGGGUGUUAGCGGUAGGGGGCAUUGUGCCUGUGACAGUUUACUAUUCAGUGAACGAAGCUGCUGCAGCAGACAAGGAUGAAGAAGUUAAAAAAGGAGGACGUGCAGUGGUGUGCUACAACUCUGCAGUGGAAAUAGGGGGCAGUCUGUCUGCAGCUUUUACUGUGCCUGUUAUAAUCAUGUUCUUUGUGGUUUACCUGCUGGUGCUGCUGUCCUACCUGACAGUGCUGAGACAUAUAGAACGCUCACGACGCAGCACAAAGGUCACCAGCUCCCAAAGCCUGUUGGGUAAAGUGCUUCGAAACAUUGUGGUCAUUCAGGUUGUUCUUUCAGUUUGUCUGCUGCCAUACCACAUCUUCAAACCCAUCUUUAUUUCUCUGGCCCAUGAUCAGCGUCAGGGGACAUCAUCACCUGGUCCAAACCAAUGUCAUCCACUCGCCAGUUUUGUUGAGUUGAAGAACUGCCUGCUGCUCCUGGCUGCAUUGAGAGGUUCAACAGACCCUUUGAUGUACUUCCUGUUAGACAACACUUUCCGUCAUCAAACCCUCAGACUAUUAAGGUGCAAAAGGAAAGAACCAAGCAGACAAAUGUGUUGGUCAGUAACAGGAAGUGCCAAUCAGAAUGCUGGACAGUUGGGGGAUGAACAAGUGGCAAUUGCGGGAACUGACAACAUGCUGUAGCCAUGGCAUUUAGAGGUCAGUUUGAAAACACGGGUAUCACAUGCAGUUGUGUACACGAGAUCUGUAUUUGUUUUUAAUUCCUCCCUUGUGAUGUUUUUUUUUCUUUCUGAAUGUCCUUUACUGCUUUAAUUUUUUCAUUAUCAUAAUCUAUAUAUAGAUCACUUAUUCCUUUUACUUCUCACUGAGAACAAUUACAUUUUAAAAGAUUGUUAACAUAUACUGAGAAGUUCUCAGUGAUGUGAUGUGCCUGCAUUGCUUUUUAUUAUUUUGUUUCUAUUUUUGCAUCUACAUGUUUAAAUGAUCUGUUUCUUUUUCUUUAUUUUCUUUCUUCUCGCUCUCCUACUUUUCUGUGAUUUUGCCUGUUUAGUCACUUUUAUUCCUUUGACUUGUAACUUGUGACUUGAGGUGUUUUUAUAUUUUGUGUUCUGCCUUCUUAUCUUAACUUACCUUAGUCUAGACUUCCAUGUGUUGACUGUAGGUAAACUCUGUUUUAAAGGUACUAUAUAAAUAAAGUUUAUUAAUAUAUUAUCAUAUUAUUAUGCUACGACAGACAUUGCAGGGAGUGCUAAAAUGCUGGUAGUCCUAGUGUCAAACUAGAUAAUGAAUCAAUGGACAACACUGAAU